AUGUCUAAUCAGUGGACAGUCGAUCCAGCUACAAGGCGAAAAUUGCUUUCCCUGCAAAAGCAGGGAGCCAAUAAGAAGUGUUUUGACUGUGGUUCGCCAAAUCCACAGUGGGCAUCACCGAAAUUUGGAAUUUUCAUCUGCUUGGAGUGUGCUGGUGUGCAUAGAGGGCUCGGUGUGCAUAUCUCAUUUGUCAGAUCAAUCACUAUGGAUCAGUUCAAGCCUGAGGAGCUCAAGCGCAUGGAAUUGGGUGGAAACGAAAAAUGUAAAGAGUACUUCGAAGCACACAAGUUGGAUUGCUCACUUCCAGCCAAGCUCAAAUACGAUAAUUUUGUUGCCGAGGAUUAUAAAAAGAAGUUGACUGCUUUGGUGGAUGGUACGGAUUUUGUCGAACCAGAUCAUUCUGGUGAAACACUUCCAUCUGCAAAUGCAGGCCUACCAAACUCAAGUGCCAACGUUUCUUCAACCCAUUUGCCAACGAAGCAACAAAAUGAGGCUUAUUUUGCCACUCUUGGUAAUGCCAAUCAGCAGCGGCCAGAUAACUUGCCACCAUCACAGGGUGGCCGUUAUCAAGGGUUUGGAUCUGGUGGACCCAGUGUAAAUGCCACUUCACAGCAAAACAGAGGUGGAUCGUUGGCUGGAUUCACUCUAGAUGCUUUCCAAAAAGACCCACUCGGGACGUUUACCAAAGGCUGGGGUCUUUUUUCUUCAACUGUGGCCAAAUCAGUGAAAGAGGUGAAUGAUACAGUUAUUCAACCAGGGAUGAAGCAGCUGGCAGAGAAAGAUUACACAACACAAGCCAAACGGGCUAUGGAGCAGUUUGGACAGAAAGUUCAAGAGGCAGGUACCAACUUACAGCAGCAAUGGGAUACUACUAAUGUCAAUAAUGGCAACUCAUCGAAGUACUCCAGAUUGCUUGAUGACUUGGGGCAACCCCGCACAGAAAGUGCUAAUAUUGAGCCUGCUUUUGGCCUUAGAAAGCCUGCUACGAAAACGAAGUUGCCUGGUAUGGGUACGACACCAAAGAAGAAAACCGACAGUUGGGAUUCUGAAGAUAAAUGGGAUGCCUUUUAG